CCCACGUUAACUAUCCCCAUGGUAACAACAUCCAGCCGUCGCUACGUCACUGCUGCUUUGUCCACAGAACAUGCUGCCACAGGGAAAGCUGUCCUGUCCCCUGUAGUCACAACCAAACACAGAUGGACCGCAGUUUGAAGCGCCGGCAGGUGAAGCCACUUGCUGCCUCUCUGUUAGAUGCCUUGGAUUAUGACAGCUCAGAUGACAGUGACUUUGAAGUGGGAGAUGCCACAGGAUCAGACGGCACAGGUAACGGCAGUGAUGAGGAGGGGUCUAAAGCCAGCGCUGCAGGUUCAGAGAGUGAAUCUGAAAAUGCCGGCUCUGCAGAAGACGUAGUAGAUGAAGAGGAGGCCAAAGACUUGGCAGCUGAGGACAACCUGACAGAGGAUGAAGAGAAGACCAAACAGCAGCCUUCCUCUGACAGCUCCACCAAAGACACUCCUGCAGUCACGCCAUCCAAGAGACGACGCAGGAACAAGAAGGCGUCCGAGCCGGAGCCUGAUGCUGCUUCUGGAUCUGCUGCUGCUGAAUCUGCAGGUGAAGCUGCUGCUGCCGAGUCUACCUCAACCUCAGGCUCCGGCAACAACAACGCUGAAGAGUCUCAGACCGAGCCCAAGAAGUGGAACUUCCGCAGGAACCGCCCCCUGCUGGACUUCACCACCAUGGAAGAGCUGAACGAGAUGGAUGACUACGACAGCGAGGAUGACAACGACUGGAGGCCGACAGCGGGGAAGAAGAAAGGGAAAGCAGCUUCUCAGAAAGGAGGCACUGAGGAAGAGGAGGGGGGAAGUGCAAGCGACGAUGACGAUGACGAUGAUGAUAAUGACGACGAUGACGACGAUGAUGAUGACGACGACGACGAUGACAACGACGACAAGGAAGAAGGUGGCGAAGACAACAACAGCAGCAGUGAUAGUGACAAAGAGUUAAAGAAGCCCAAGAAGAAGACGAAGAGCAGCAGCGCUUUUGAUGAAGAGCUGACUAAUGACAGCAUGUCGCAGGGAAAGGGCAACGAGGACGCCUUGCUGGACAAGUCCCAGACCUGGAGCACUCAGCACAUCCUCAUCUGCUGCGUUUGUCUGGGAGACAACAGCGAGGAUGCAGACGAGAUCAUCCAGUGUGACAACUGUGGGGUGACGGUGCAUGAAGGAUGCUACGGUGUGGACGGGGAGAGUGACUCCAUCAUGAGCUCUGCCUCUGAGAAUUCGACAGAGCCUUGGUUCUGUGACGCCUGUAAGAACGGAGUGGCUCCCAGCUGUGAGCUGUGCCCCAACCAGGACGGCAUCUUUAAAGAGACGGACGCCGGGAGGUGGGUGCAUGUGGUUUGUGCACUUUACGUUCCUGGAGUAGCAUUUGGAGACAUCGAUAAACUCCGACCUGUGACGCUCACAGAGAUGAAUUACUCCAAAUAUGGAGCCAAGGAGUGCAGUUUCUGCGAGGACGCCCGUUUCGCUCGGACCGGCGUGUGCAUCAGCUGUGACGCAGGAAUGUGCCGUUCGUAUUUCCAUGUCACCUGUGCUCAGAGGGAGGGGCUCCUGUCUGAGGCUGCAGCAGAGGAGGAUAUUGCUGAUCCGUUUUUUGCAUACUGCAAGCAGCAUGCAGACCGCUUUGACAGGAAGUGGAAAAGGAAGAAUUAUCUGGCCCUGCAGUCUUACUGUAAGGUCUCUCUGCAGGAGAGAGAGAAGCAGCUGACUCCUGAAGCACAGGCCCGUAUCACCACCCGCCUGCAGCAGUACCGAGCCAAAGCCGAGCUCUCCAGGAACACUCGACCUCAGGCCUGGGUGCCCCGCGAGAAGCUGCCCCGACCUCUGACCUCCAGUGCUUCGGCCAUCAGGAAGCUGAUGAGGAAGGCGGAGCUGAUGGGCAUCAGCACCGACAUCUUCCCCGUGGACACGUCUGAUGCCAACGCCAGCAUGGACGGACGCAGGAAACACAAGCAGCCCGCCCUCACUGCAGACUUCGUCAACUACUACCUGGAGCGGAACAUGCGAAUGAUCCAGAUCCAGGACAACAUCUCCGAGCAGAAGAACCUAAAAGACAAGCUGGAGAGUGAGCAAGAAAAGCUGCACGUGGAGUACAACAAGCUGUGCGAGUCUCUGGAGGAGCUGCUGAAUGUGAAUGGAGACUUGAGAGGAGAAGGCCAGUCCAUGUGGACCCUGCUGGGAGGCAUCCUGGGCCAGAAACUAAACACCCCAGCUGUUCUGAAAGCCCCAAAAGAAAGGAAGCCCAGCAAGAAGGAGGGAGGAACCCCGGGGAAGUCAUCCAGCCUGCCAGCGAUCCUCUACAGCUGUGGCAUCUGUAAAAAGAACCAGGAUCAACAUCUGCUGGUUCUAUGUGACACCUGCAAGCUCUACUACCACCUGGGCUGCCUGGAGCCUCCGCUGACACGCAUGCCCAAGAAGACCAAGAACAGCUACUGGCAAUGCUCCGAGUGCGACCAGGCCAGCAGUGAUGAGGCUGACAUCGCCAUGGAGACACUCCCUGACGGCACCAAGAGGUCCAGGAGGCAGAUCAAGGGACCAAUCAAAUUCAUCCCACAGGAGAUGUCACCGGAGCCCAAGAAACAUCAGAGAACCAGAGGGCAGAAGAGGAAGAGGAUCCCCAUCUGUGAGGACAGAGACGAUAAAAUUGAGGAACCGCUUCCACGGGAACGCCGACAACGGCAAUCUGCAAUGCAGAAAAAAACACCCAAAGCCGACGACACAAGGACUGAGUGCACAACCUGCAAAGGACCGGGCGACAACGAAAACCUUGUGAGGUUGUGAGAGCCGGGGCAGCCACCUCACCUCCAAUAAAAACUGGGGACAGAUGACCGGUUGGCUUAGAGAGACAGAGAGAGGCAGAUUGAGGCGUUUGAAGAACGAGACCGUCACGCUGCUCAGCAACCGCCUCAGACCCAAACUGGACCAACAACUGUCCAACGAAAAACUGAACUGGACUGUAAACGUAAAACCUGAAGUCGAUAUGUGUUAAUGGAACCAAUAUCUUUGGAUCACUCCCGGACUCUUCGCUGCUUCAACACACUUUGAGUGUGUGGUUUAUUCCUCGUGUGGCUCCAGCCGACUCCACUCAGUUGUCUUCCUCUUCAAAGUUCUGACUGUGUGAGAAACAAAUGUACAUCCAAGAACAUGUUGGGAUACACUCAAUACCUUUCUAGCAAUACUCUGAACAACCAGGGAGAGAAGAGCUUUGCAUAGAGCCAAUUGAUGGAUGCAACUGUUCAUACAUGUCCUCACUAAGGUACUGAGUCAUGGUAACGUCAAAGAUCCCGUUAGAUAGAGUCCGUACUGUCUUCAGCUGUUUCUACAUGCAGAGAAGCAUUACAUUCACAUUAGUAUCCUGGUUAGGAUCUGGUUUUUGAAAGAUGGCAUCCUGGUAACAAAAAGUAAAGAUGAUGCCCUUUAUAUUUUCUCCCUGGGCCCAGGUGAUACAUAUUAAUUUUGUCCUAGAAGAAUUGUUUCAGAUCCCAACAUUUGAAGAUUGCCAAACUGGGAUUACCGGAGCUUUAAAUGGGACUACAGGCUACAUACUUUGUCCACAGGGGAUGCCAAAAUCCAUACAAACUGAAAGAUCCCCAAAGCUGCUUUACAUUGAACAUUUUAGAUUUAAUAUUGAAGAUAUUUGGCGGGAGAUUCUGGGGGACAUAAUCCUUUAAGGUUAGGCACUAUGAUGAUUAGGCAGAUGAGGAGGAAAUAUAAAAAAAACCCAUCUUAAUCGUUAACAAAAUGGAAAAAAAUGUGUUUAGUUUGAGCUUCUUUAAAAGUUGUCUUACAUUUAGCUCCUGUAAUCCAGCCUGAAUUCAGCGCUCUGCUAGGAUCAGAGUAAGGUUAUCCCAAUCCUUCUCAAAUGUAUAACUUUAAACAACACAAAUACAGAUAACAACUAGAACUGGAUUACCUAAUCUCAUCUGGCUAGAUCUAACCUGAUUACAUUAGUUUUAAACAACUGGGCCCUGGAGUGCUACGACAGAAGCCAGUACUCAAUUGCGUGUACGAACCAGUUGUUAAAAAACUUUUAAUCCAUAUAAAAAGGAUCCAGAUUUGGUAAUCCACUAUCUUUCUUCAUCCCAAAUCGUAUAAAGGCAAAAGUAGAUUUGGAGCGACCUGAUCCAGAUACAGACUUUUAAACAUGACCGAAUCUGUCCUGCAUAUGGGGGCGCCAACAUUCACUCAAAUUGAAGUUCCUAACAGCUGAGCUCUCUGCGCUCUUUGUUUUCUGUCCUCGUCUGGGAGGACUACAUGUUUGAACACAAAUCACCCUGUCUUUAAGCGGACCGCUCCCUCCAGCCCCCUGUGAAAACUCUGUGUGAAGCCGGGGUGAGUCAGUGUAUGAACACAGCAGGUAGAAAUAUGGAGCAUUCAUGGUGGCCGAGUGUGCAGGGUGAUGACGACGCUGUCUGUUUACCACUCGCCUCAGUGUCUGUACUAUAUUUUUAAAUGCUGUGUUUGCACGACUUCAACCUCCUUUUUUUACAUGCUGUAGUCAAAAGUUUCCAUCCAAAGUCCUUUCUUCCUUUUAAAAACCUGAUUCUAAGAUCUGAUACGACUAAGCAAAUACGUUUUCUGUGUUCCAUGUAAACAUUUAUCCUCACUGAGAUCAAAACCAGGAUAUUAAUGAGGAUGUAACUUAAACGCUGAAGUUUUGGCUGUAGAAUAACUUUAAUCAGACGGGCGGUAUGUUGAUACCUCUGAUCAAGAAAGAAUAGUUAGCUUUGAAGAGAUAGCUUUCAAGGAUGCUUAAGUGCACCUUUACUAUGAGAUUUGUUCUUAAUGUUUGAAUCUGAGAUUUGUUGAGUGUGAUAAGUUUGUUCAAAGCUGCAGAAAAUGAGCAGGGGACUCUUUGCUUGUUUAUUUUGUUGAGUGUGGAAGUGAGGUAAGAACAUGAAGUAGGAAACUGCUGAAUUCAAAUCUUCUGACAUUCUGACUUAAUCCGGACUUAUUCCUCUCCAUACAUCAAGGUGCUUCUUACCUGUAUGUGAAUAAUUUUAGAUUAACGCCUUUUUUUAUUGGUACGAGGCCAUUUUUUUUCACUUCUGUUGACCCUUACUUGAGACGUCUUAUCAAGGCCAACCUGUGUUAUUGAGGGAGGUCACCCUGAUCAUUCCAGAGUGAAGUCUCUGCGAUGCACUUGAAAUUUCUCAGACUCGAGUGUUGCGUUUUUUUAAGUGAAAGGAGGAAAAGUUGGUGUUGUGUAAAGAAAAGCCAACUGUUGUGGUGUGGCAGUGAAGUAAUGCUAUCAUACAGCAUCUGUAGUAGAAACAAACUAGCGUAGUUAGCAGUAAUAGCUCUUAGAUAUAUAAGUCCAGAUAUUGUCAGCGUACGAACACAUUUAGAAGUCUUCCUCUUGUCGUCAUUUCUCAGAGACAGUUAAACUGACAGAAAGACUCGCAGCUUCGUCUCCUCGUCCCCGCCGGGACAGAGUCCAUCCUGUCAAAACAACAGCUGCCUGCUGCUCCGUCAGGGAUCGUGACGAGUGUCACACUCUGCCCUCGUGUGUCACUCUGGUGCCUGUCCAGGCCCGAUAUGCAGGCUUCUGGGAGCAGUCAAACCCGGGCAGUUUGCUGCUUUCUGCUCCUCUGCAGAGUGUCAAGUAUCAGAUACACAUUGGGUUUGUGUUUGCUGACCCCUGACCCCAUCACUCAUAGUCUGUCUGCUCAAAGACCGUCAGUUCUAGAAUGCAUGGCUCUAACUAUUUACUCUGUACAGUACUUUAAGCUGAAAUAAGUGAUGUGUCCUGUAGAAUCUGAAUGCCUGGUAGCUGUGUAGUGUGACAAUGUACAGUAUUUAUUGAAGAGGCCAAACAUUCAUGUGUUUCUUUUUGUGCCUACAUACUUGAUUAGAUACCUUGAGCUUGUGUUGUGAACAGAGUUGAACUCUGCUUUGUCACUUUUCUUUUAACUGCCAAACAUUUGUUUACAGACGUGUUGUGAAGGGAAUAUUUCUGAUGAACUGUGUACUGUAUUUCUGUGAUUCUGUAUGGAGUAAGAAUGUGAAUGUCGCUGCUGUUUGUGUAUGUGAAGUGUCUCAGCCUCUGGCCUACAGCUCCUGAAAAUUAAGCGGAGCUUUAAUAAACUCUUGACUUUUUCACCUUA